CCCCUCCCCUCUGCGCCUGCGACUCUGCUCCGCCGCGAGGCGCACAGCAGCGGCGCCGGCAGCGAGAGAGAAACGGACAUACGAAGCAAGCGCGCGAUGAGCCAGCGCAGGCGAUCUCGGGCUGCCGGCUCACCGCCUGGCGACGCAGAUCCGCCGCCUUCGCCGGAGAAGGCGCUGCCGCUGCGGAUCCGGCCGUGGCCGGCGCUGGGGUCGGACCGGAGGGUGCUGGCGCUCGCACUGGCGUUCCGCGCGGCCAACGCGCUGCUGGUGCGCACCUACUUCAACCCCGACGAGCACUGGCAGUGCCUCGAGGUCGCCCACCGCGUCGCCUUCGGGUAUGGCCACCUUACUUGGGAGUGGAAGCGGGGCCUGCGAAGUUACCUCCACCCGUUGAUCUUUGCUGCUCUCUACAAGAUUCUGGCGCUACUCCGCCUGGAUACUCCAUGGUUUAUGGUGAUGGCUCCACGGCUCCUGCAAUCUGUCUUUGCAGCUUUUGGAGAUCUAUACUUGUAUAAACUUUCCAAACGUAUUUUCAGUGUUCAGGUUGCCCAAUGGACAUUAUUUUCCCAGUUGGUUAACUGGUUCAUGUUUUUUUGCAUCACACGGACUCUAUCAAACAGCUUGGAGACGGUUUUGACUGUCGCCGGGCUUCAUUAUUGGUUUACCGCAAUAGAAUCUUCCAAGGGAACCUCAGUUGUUUCAAAGCAUCAAGCUGCCAGUAAACAAAGUCAUCCAUCAAGAAAACUGGCUCUUCUGAUAGCAGCCUUAUCCUGCGCCAUUCGGCCAACAAGUGCUGUAACAUGGCUUUAUGUUGGUCUGUUGGAUUUUAUUCAGAUGAAAUGCAAAUGUCGUUUUGUCUUUCUCGAGGUCAUUCCGGUAGGGGCCAUUGUCCUUGCAGUAACAACACUCCUUGAUUGGUGGAUGUAUGGUUCCCAGGUCAUAGUGCCACUUAAUUUUUUGAAAUUCAACCUCUUCUCUUCAGGAGGUGACUACUAUGGAACACAUGUCUUCCACUGGUACUUCACACAGGGUUUUCCAUCCAUGAUUUGGACAUUCUUACCAUUGGCAAUAUGUGGAAUUGUAAAGUCUCGAGAAUGGAGGAUUUCAGGACUAAUCACUUGGGUAUUAGGGGUUUACAGCAUACUUGGACAUAAAGAAUUCAGAUUUGUUCUUCCGGUGCUACCUUUAGCAUUGAUGUUCUCAGGAUACUGCUUAGCUGCAAUGUCACAAUUCAAGGGAAAAAAGCUGCAUGAGAAAAGAUGUCUUUCGAGGUUGCAGAUUUCUGUUAUUCUUCUCAUCAUAACCAAUAUUCCAAUGGCCUUCUAUAUGUUGUUAUUCCAUCAAAGAGGAACAGAAGAUGUUAUGUAUUAUUUGUCAAAAGAAGCCCAUGAUGGAAGAGUGAAGAGUGUCCUCUUCCUCAUGCCUUGUCAUUCAACACCUUACUAUUCUACCUUACAUUACAACAUACCUAUGCGCUUUUUGGACUGCACUCCUAGUGAUAGCAAAGGGACCUUGGAUGAGUCAGAUCGUUUCCUUACAAGCCCAUCUGAGUUUGUGGGCGAGGUUUUCGGAAAUUUAUCUUCAUUCAGUCACAUUGUAUUAUUUGAGUCCGAAGAAAGACAUGUUCUCCACUUGCUUCUGCGCAAUUCUUUUCUUGAGGUCAGGAGAUAUUUCCACUCCCAUUUCAAGGUUGACAGAGACCUUCAGUCGUCUGUCGUUGUUUAUUCACAGAGGGAUGUCUUAUGAUGUAGUAUUGGUGUGGCAGAAAAGGCCUGUUAUCUUGUCUAACAAUCUCCUCAUGUUUUGUGUUUUAGUUUUUCAUUUCAGAAAUGAGCUGUAACAAUAUUGAUACUUCUGAUAUCUUGACCCCUUGAAAAUGAAGAUGUUCUGUUACUUUCAGGUGCUUUGCUACUGCAUAAUAAUUCACAGCUUGCAUUGCGCCUUUAUGUCCAUGGUCUGUGCUUCUAAGAUAAAUUUGCAGCUUAGUAAUAUUGUUGUAACUAACAUAAAAUGUAGGAAGUGCAGCCUUCCUAACAACAACAUAAAAUUUGCACGCGUGAGGUGUGUUGCUUCAUUCAUUCUUUGUUCGUUUGCUCACAUAUUUGCUAUGUGCAUAAAGAAAGGAUCGCACAAAUUGGCAAAAUUUUAAAAUGGCUUCAACUUCAUAACAGUGGCUGGGUUUCUUUGUUUGACCAGCAAGCCUAUUUUAAAUUUAGAACUCUUCCAACAUACAUGGAAUUACAAGUUGACAAUGUGUUUUAAAAAUUUAUAUGCUUAUUUAUGGAUGCCCUGAAUCCCUGAUAGUCUUGUAUGUAGGCUUUUGUUAGGUAGGUAGCACAAUCUCCACCAUUUUCUCUAUAUUGACUCUUCUGAUUCACUGGUAUAUCCAAUCUCAUUGUUUUGUGAAUGUACCCCAAACUGUGUUAUACGUCAUGUUCCAUGUUAGUACCACAAACUGUGUUGCUUCUGCUCUCUUUUAGUCAAAAUAGAUGAAUGAUAAGUUAGCUUGUUGACUCACAUCAUAAAGUAACAGUGAGCUGAUGGACCUAGCUUGCACCUUUUAUGACGUUGCAAUAGAACCUAAUCUUAAUGCUCGGUAAGUUUGGCAAAAUGCAGGUUUUAUCUGGCUAACUGUGACAUGGUCAAGUCUCAGAACAUCCUAAGUUUCAUUCAUUUGUAUUGUUGAAUACUAGUUUCUUGUCAGUUGAAGUAGAUAUUGCAAGGAUCAUUUUUUUUACGGACAGGAGUGUCACUUUUUUUGUUCUUAUGGCAAGCUACUGACAAUUUGACACUAACUAAUGUAUUUGUUGUUGAUUGCUAAAUUUUCUUUCAGCAUACACUGUCAUGUUAUUCUUGCCUUACGUUGAUCAUACAUGAAAACAUUUAUAGUGUUAAUACCUACAUAUCAACUUCCAAGCUUGCUUCUAUUUCUCAAAGUCUGUUUCAAGAGUAGAGUGAGCAUAGUUUGGAGUUAGAGGUUGAUUGGCGUCACUAGUAUAAUGCUGUAUGGUUAGCUCAUAUUAGGUGAAGCAACAAUCUAAGUGGAUUUAAGUCCUGACUUCCAUGUUGUGAAUUGUAAUAAGCAAUUCCAUGGCAAAUUUGUGUUGCUAAUCCUGACUGGAGUACCUUCAAAAUCCGACAAGUUUGCCAUUCAUAUUGAGAAUUGAUGACAAAAACAAAUGUUACAUGUAACAGGGUAUUUAUGUGAGGAGGAAAAAUAAAUGGCGAUCUAUAGUUUUGGUACGCACACAUUUAUCAUCUACCAAUUUCUAAAUCUAGUGCCAUCAAAUUUCCAUGACGCCCAGUACUAGAAGGGUCAUAGUUCGAUGGGUUUUCAAGCAUACAUUCAAUUUCUUCACUAGCAUUCUCAGUCAAUUGUUCUCGCCAGGUUCUCCGUAUAAAUCUCAACCGUUCAGCCACUUCUGACAUUAAUGGCCGUUCUUCCCCCUUCAUACUCAAGCAACACUUUGCAAGUUGGGCAACUUCUUGGAGCAGCUCCAUUCCAACGCCCAAUAUACUUCUGUCCAAGAAAGAUUGAAGUCUGCUCUCUUUCAAUGCCAGAAGGAAAGAUGAUACCAGGCUUUUCUUUUCUUCAGUUACAUCAGAAUAAAUCGCUGUCUUCCUUGUAAUUAGCUCUAGAAGCACAACUCCAAAACUAUAAACAUCACUCUUCUCUGUUAGUUGACGCUCUUGUAAGUAUUCAGGGUCUAGAUAA